AUGCAAAGAUUUUCUUCAAGAGCUAACCAAUUAUCUCGUAAAAUCUUGAAUUAUAAUCACCUUGUAAACACACAAAAACAAGUAACUAAACCAGCUUGCGAUAUUUUCAUUAAUCAUCGAGGAAUCGACACGAAAAGAACCAUUUCCGGGUUAUUAUACGAUCAUCUUUCAAGAUUAGGGUUUAGCCCUUUCUUGGACAGCAAGAACAUGAAACCGGGCGAUAAACUCUUCGAAAAAAUCGAUUCGGCUAUAAAAGAUUGUAAAAUUGGAGUUGCUGUUUUUUCUCCUCUUUAUUGUGAUUCUUAUUUUUGUCUGCACGAGUUGGCUCUGAUUAUGGAAACCAGGAAACGAGUCAUUCCGAUUUUCUGUGAUGUGAAACCGUCUCAGCUUCUUGUUAAAGAUAAUGGGAGCUGCUCAGCUCAAGAACUGCAGAGGUUUAAGGAUGCUCUUGCUGAGGCAAAGUAUACAGUUGGGCUUACAUUUGACUCCAAUAUAGGGGACUGGUCCAAGUUCUUGACCAUGGCGACUGAUGCAAUUGUAGAGAACUUGAUUGAGGUAGAUGAGGAAUUAGGACCAUUUUUCAAGAAUCGUAAAUAUUCUCUGCAUAAACAUUACUAGACGAAGAUCAUGAUAAUAACAUUACAGCAACAUCUGUUUUUCCAA